UAUAUAUAUAUAUAUAUAUAGACAAUGGGAAGACGGUCCAACUGUAGCUGGAUCGGGCCUGAGAUCCCUCUGUCAUCGCAGAUCUUCAGUGCCAUUAAAGAUGAGCUGUGGCUCUUCCUCAUCCCAGCCGGCCUGGCGCUCAUCUUACUGGGGAUAUUUCUGGAGGAGGUGGGAUUCAUCGUGCGUCACAUUCCCUCGUCCAGACGGAAGCGGCUCUACCUGUGGAUAUUAGGGAUGUACCCGGUAUUUGCCUUCAUGUCCCUCAUAGCCCUGUACGUUCCACGCUCUUCCUCGCUGUGUAAUUUCAUUGCCUCACUGUAUCACUCCAUCACCUUGGUGAAGUUCAUGGAACUGAUCACAGACUUCUUUGGAGGGAAAGCUCGUAUGCUGGCUGCUCUGUGUGGACAGCAGGUAUCUCCAGAUCCUUUCCCUUGCUGCUGCUGCUGCUGUCUCCCAAUGGUGGCCAUCAACAGCAGCAGCCGAGGCUGGAUGAUGGCCGCCGUGCUGCAGCUCUCUGUGGUCCGCAGCAUCUUGUUCUUUGUCACUCUGGUCCUGUGGACAGAUGAGCAGUAUGACUACGGUGAUGUGGAUUCAGUCAACCCCAACCUGUAUGUGAAUGGUAUUAUAGGUGUGUCCACCUUCGUGUCCUUCUACGGCCACCUGCUCUUCUACAAAGCCACUAAGAGUGCUUUACCUGGCUACGGCCUGAGGGCCAAGUUCAUCUGCAUCAUCGUGGUGUUGGUGCUGUGUGGCCUGCAGAGUGGCAUCUUAGAGACCAUGGGAGCUCUGGAGGUCAUCCCCUGCACACCGCCCUUCUCCGUCCUCACCAGGUCCCAGUUGAUCUACCACUACUGUGUGAUUGUGGAGAUGUUCUGCAUCGGCCUGUACGCCCGCCACACUUUCCGUAAGUUGGAGCCGAGCACCGUGGAGGAUGAGGAGGGGCAGGCCGGCGCCAGGCAGCAGGAAAAGGCCGUUCAGACAGACGAUGUCCAGAUGCACAUCACACGUCUAAAGCCCUGUCCUGUCCGCCGCGUCACCGGCGCCUCCAACCCCAGCUACAGCAGCGACAGCGAGGAGAGUCUGUGCAGAAUAGAGCAUGCACCUCUGGACGGGUUCCCCUUUCCUCAGGCCAGAAGUCAGCAGCCAGUAGAACCAGUGGAGCCCAGGUCUGCAGAGGAACCUGGAGUAGAUCUGACCCACUUUACUGUUCAGGCUGAUAUUAACUAUCAGGACUCUAAUGAUGUCACUAUAGUUUGACCAGCUAUGGAAGACCUUUAAAAAGAAAGUAAAUAGGUUUAACCCUCUGGGACCACUGUGGACAUUUUCAGCCAUAUUUGUCAUUUUUCACUUUUGUUUUGGCAAUCAUUUUGGCUGUGAUACUGCAAAUGACAUUAGUCUAGACGAUUUCAGAAAAAAGGCCUUCUAUAAGAAGUGAGGAGCAUUUAUGGGUACAAGUCGGGAACCGGCCUACCUUACAUAUCUCAAGGGUGAUGAGUCCAAAAAAAUGGUUCCCAAGCGCAAUUUUGAGUUUUUGACCUUGAAUGGCCGCCAAAUUGCCCAUCUUGCACAGUCAUUGGACCAUUUCCCCUUAGUUUUUUUGUAAGUAGGCAAUCAAGAUGAGGAAAUUAAGUUUCUGGAUCUAUAGUCUAGGGUCAGAGCAAGGAUAUAGUGGAGGCUCAGUGUCUUUUUUAUGUAAAUAUAUAUAUACAUAUAUAUAUAUAUAUAUAUAUAUAUAUAUAUAUGCAAAAUACCAACUGGAACAUUUAAAAGUGAUAUUGAUUGAAUAUUUAUGUCGGCCUUAAAAAAUGACACAAAUAAUGCUUAAUUUCACCUUAAAAGUUGGUAUUUUGCAUAUAUAUAUACAUUAAAAAGACACUGAGCCUCCACUAUAUCCUUGCUCUGACAAAAAAACUUGGGGAAAAUGGUCUAACGACUGAGCAAGAUGGGCAAUUUGGCCGCCAUUUUGAUAUGCAAAUGAGAAGGUCAAAAACUCAAAAUUUAGCUUGGGAACCAUUUUUUUUUAUUCAGCACCCUUGAAAUAAGUAAAGUAGGCCGGUUCCUGACUUGUACCCAUAAAUGCUCCUCACUUUCACUUUUUGGACAAUUCCGUCUAGACUACAUGUUUUUCUUUUCAUUAUAUAUUUUGAAAUUCAAAUUUAAAUUUUUCUAAUGGGUCAAUAAUACACUUUGUACAAAUUUGCUACUCUUUCAGACCCUUCGGGCUGAAAAUGUCCACCUCCAAAGAACUGCUAUAAAACUAAAUCUGACACUACACAAAAACUUACAUCAAAAUCAACUUUGUUCUUAAUCUUUGACAUAACCAAGGCUGUGAUAAAAACCAAUGCCCCAGCCUUAAAGUAUUUAUUAUAUGGAAAAUAACUCUACACAAAUUUUUUUGUGUUUUUUCUUUGAAAAACAGUGACAUCGUGCAAUCAAACUGCCAUUUAAAGGGUUAAAAAUGCCAUAAAUGAUUAAACAUUCGGUAGUUUUGAGCAGGGCAGAAGUUGUAUGCAAAAAAAAAGUAGAAAAAAAUAUUAAUCAGUGAAGUUUGUAUCACGUUUUAAUGAAAGUGGACAUUUUCAGCCUGAAGGAUCUGAAAGGGUAGUAAAUUUUAAAUCUGACACUACACAAAAACUAAAAAUGCAUCAAAAUCCUUUUUUUUUUCCAUAAAAAACAUCAGUGACAUUGUGCAAUCAAACUGACAUUUUAAGGGUUAAAAAUGCCAAAAAAUAUUAAACAUUUGGUAGUUUUGAUCAGGGUGGAAGUUGUUUAAGAGGUUUAUGCAGAAAAAAGUAGAAAAAAAUAUUAAUCAGUGUAGUUUUUAUCACGUUUUUUUGUAAGUGGACAUUUUCAGCCCGACGGGUCUGAAAGGGGAGCAAAGUGAAGUGGUCCCAGAGGGUUGAGAUGCUGCAGACUGUGAGGACUGGUUCAGUCACCAACAGACUGAAAAUAUAGGAAACAGUGAACUGUAAACUGCUGCCACAAGCUGCAGCAAAAUAAGGAAAUAGUUACCACUUGGUCAGUGAUGCUAACGUCAUGAGAAAUGUUGCUGCCUCCUGUUAUUCUUGGAUGGGAUUUUUUUGUUUUACUUUUUGCUUUGCGGUUGUGUAUAGCUCAUUAAUUGUGGCGAUUUGAGCAAAGUAAAAGGCAUGAUUUAUACAUGACAAUAUAUAACCAUGUCUAUGCAUGGCUUCUCCUCACUCAUCUCUGGUGGCUCAGAUAGUACCUAAUGGUAACACUUUACAAAAACCAUCAUUUAUAAAUGGUAAACAGAUAGUUUAUUAAUGUUUAAUCAGCAUUUACAAACCAUAUAUAGACCAUUUAGAAUGGUAAAUACAUAAUUUAUUCAUGUUUAACUAACUACAUCAUUCAUAAAUGACAAAUAGAUGGUAUAUUAAUGUAAGUUUAUAGUUACUUUACAACUAAGAAACCAAUAAAUUACAAUUAAUAGUUUAUCAAUAGUUUUAGUUGCACUCAUUUUAACAUUUUUAACACCAUAUUAAGUAUGUUAAUGAUUUUGAAAUGACUCAUCUACCUUUAAGAAAUUGGUUGAAAACAUUUAAAGAUUU